AUGGCAAUGGAAAACCACAGCGCUGUCAGGGAGUUUGUUCUUGGUGGGCUGUCUGUUGAUCCCUACGUUCAGGUUGUCCUCUCUGUGCUAUUCCUUCUGAUUUACCUCCUCACUCUGGUGGGGAAUGUCUUGCUGCUGGUGGUGAUCACAGCUGAUUCUCACCUCCACACACCCAUGUACUUCUUCUUGAGACAACUGUCCUUCCUAGACCUCUGCCACUCAUCUGUCACGGCUCCCAAGAUGCUGGAGAAUCUACUUUCUGAAGAGAAAACCAUCUUUGUAGAGAGCUGCUUGGCUCAGGCCUUCUUUGUGUUCGCCACUGGCGGCGCUGAAGCCUGUCUGCUUGCUGUGAUGGCCUAUGACCGCUAUGUUGCCAUCAGCUCCCCUCUGCUCUACAGCCAGGUGAUGAGUAAGCAGCUCUGUGUGGGGCUCGUGUGGGGGUCCUGGGGUCUGGCCUUCAUUGACGCGCUCAUCAAUAUCCUUCUGGCUGUCAGUUUAGUCUUCUGUGAGGACCAAACUAUUCCCCACUUCAGCUGUGAGCUGUCUUCUCUCUUCCCUCUGUCUUGCUCCAACACCUCUGUCAACUUCACAGUCCUGCUCUGCUCCUCUGUCUUUCAUUUCUUUGGAACUCUUGUUUUGAUAGUUUGCUCUUAUGCCCGCAUUAUAUCCGCGGUCCUGAGGGUCAGCUCCAGCACAGGCAGAAACAAGGCCUUCUCCACCUGCUUGUCCCACCUCACUACUGUGAUCUUGUUCUAUGGCUCGGGCUUCAUCAGCUACCUCUUACCUGCUUCAGGUUCCCCCCUGGAAAUGGUCUUUUCUUUACAGUACAGCGUGAUCACGCCCAUGCUGAAUCCCCUUAUCUACAGCCUGAAGAACAAGGAGGUGAAGGCAGCUGUGAGAAGAAUGGUCAGAAAAUAUUUUCAACCUGUUCUGUAG